UUCUGGGAUUAAAUCCACUACUUUCUAAUUCAUCUCAGAUACUCAAAUUGGAUGCCAUUUGUACAUUCUCUUGUUGAGGCAAAAAUGUCCCUUGGACAAAGACAACAGAAUGACUUGUUCUAGUCAUUACUGUGGCUAGAGGAAUGGUCCUGUGAAUGAAAAGGUGUUUGGAGAUCUGUAAGAUUCCCUUGGACCCAUUUGGAGUUGCAUUACAGGACAGAAAAAAAAUGGAAAGUGAACCCUUAGGAAGUGAGGGAACUGGAAAAGGCCCUUCUGGGAUUCAGCCUGGGAGCCAAGGGAAGAUCUGGGCAAGAACUGGGCAGAAGGUCCAGGAGGAAAAAACCACCCUCUCAGAUGUUCAGCCCUGGAAAUUCAGGAGCAUCCAAUAUCAGGAGGAUGAAGAUCCCCGAGGACUUUGCAGCCGACUCCAUUUCUUUUGUAGUCAAUGGUUGAGACCAGAAAAGCACACAAAAGUGCAGAUACUGGACCUGGUUGUUUUGGAGCAGUUCCUGGCACUUCUGCCCCUGCAGAUGCAGAGCUGGGUGCAGGAGUGUGGAGCAGAGACCAGCUCCCAGGCGGUGGCCCUGGUGGAAGGCUUCCUCCUGACCCAGGCGGAGGAGAAGAAGGAGCAGGUUGAGUUGCAGGGGAGAAUAGUAGGAAGUUGGCCCUUCCUGAAUGCGGAGCUGAAACAGUGGUUGAAACUCCAAUUCAGGUGAGAAGAGGAAAUUUGUUUAUUAGUAUUGUAUUCUCCUUUUCCUUCAGAAGGUCAAGGUGGUGUACAUAAUACUGUCUCCUUCCAUUAAUCUUUUU